AUGGGGCUCUACUCCGGCGCCCACGGGCAGGACGUCGGCGGCAAGAGCCUCGUGCACGACCCGAGCUUCAUCGAGCGCCUCAAUUCGGUGCCGGGCACCACCUGGGUUGCGGGGCCCAGCGACGUCUUUAGCGGCCUGACCUUUGACGAUGCCCGGCCGAUGCUUGGCACCGCCCUGUACCCCGAUGAUCCGCACCCUCCUCUCGAGGACAGCGCGUACGCCGCGAUCCAGGACGGGGACAUGCCCGAGGCCUUUGACGCCACGACCCACUGGAGCGGAUUGCUGCACCCGAUCCGCAACCAGAUGCAGUGCGGGAGCUGCUGGGCCUUCUCCGCCUCAGAGGUGCUCAGCGACCGCUUCGCCAUCGCGACCAACAAGAGCUCGCCGGUGCUCUCGCCCGAGGACAUGGUCAGCUGCGACUCCUCGGACAUGGGAUGCUCGGGCGGCAUCUUGAACAAGGCAUGGAGCUACCUGACCACCACGGGCAUCGUGACCGACUCCUGCUUCCCCUACGGAGCGGGCAGCGGCAAGGCUCCAGCGUGCGAGAAGAAGUGCGCAGACUCCGAGAGUUGGACCAAGUACAGGGCGAGAAAGGCCUACACGAUCAUCGGCCCCGCCAACAUGCAGAAGGAGAUCAUGACGAAUGGCCCGAUCCAGGUGGCUUUCAUGGUCUACAAGAGCUUCAUGAGCUACAAGUCUGGCGUCUACAAGAAGCACUUCUUCGAGCUCGUUCCCGAGGGGGGGCACGCCGUCAAGAUCGUCGGCUGGGGCGUCGAGGCGGGCACCGACUUCUGGCUGGUGGCCAACAGCUGGGGCCCGACGUGGGGUCUCGAGGGGUAUUUCAAGAUCGUGCGCGGCACCAACCACUGCGGCAUCGAGAAGGCGGGCCCGCCGUACGCGGGCCUCCCCCAGCUGGGUGCGGCCGAGCUCGUGAUCUGA